AUGGCCGAAGCGACCUCCACCCCGCGCAUCACAGCGCAGUACCUUGACAACUACGUCGGCCGCAACGUCAUGCUCAUUGGCAAGGUCUUGCAGCUGCGUGGUGACUCUGCUGUUCUGGAUGCGGACGGAAACGUCACUGCUAUUCUCAAUCGCGAUGUCCACCUCACCAACGGUAACGGUGCUCAGAUCAUCGGCAAGGUCAACCCGGAUCUGUCCAUCAAAGUGCUUACCUCCCGCGAUCUGGGACCCGGUGUUGACAUACCUGCACGACGAAACUUUGCCUCGUCUACGCCCGAAUCUACCUCCACCUCGAAGCAUCCACAGAUCAAGGCUUCCUCCGAGAGCCCCAGUAGGAUCGUCAAAGCCAGAGAAGGACGAGAGGUUGAAGAGCGCAAGCUUCAUCGGCAGAGGUCGAAACCAGGGGGGCCGCAAGUGGACGUCAAGGAGGUUGUCGACGACGACUCGGAGCUCUUGGGCGCCAUCUUAGAUGGUAUCGGACGUCUGACGGUCGGCUCCGUCGCUAUGCGCAUGGAUGAUGCAGGGCGGUGGAGGAUUCUCCGUGACCUGGGCGAGGAGAGUGAUUAG